GGGCAACAUUUUCAUCACACUGGAUUAAAAAAAAAAAAUGCCCAAAAAUGCCCAAUGUUGGCUGGACACAUAUUUACCCUCAUGGAGCACUUUUACCAAAUAUUUUUCAGAGUGUAGAUCCUUUAUUUUAGUGACAAAGUAUGCAGGGAAAUUUACAGUUUUUUACGCCACACUUGGCUAUAUACCCACAGUUAAAACACGGUCUACCAUGUCUGCAGUUCGAGUAAAACUGCAGUUCUCAACAUGGAGAUAUCAACACAAAAAUCCUUCAUAUUCUGAACACUGAAUUGAUAAUUAACAUGAAUACCAGGGAAUUACAAUUCCCAGUGAAUACUAUAGGCCCUAUAUCGUGAAAUCAGAACGCUGUAUGCAGAUAAUAUAAAUAGCAGAGUGAAGGAAGUUAAGUGAGAGUCGAACGAGUAUAAAAUAAUAUUGCUUUGAUAAUAAGCCCCCAAGUUCAGUGCUCUUAAAAAACGGCGAGUACAUCCUUCCGCUGUAUUAGGUCGAAUGUACAGGUGCUAUUUAAUAUGAUGAGUCUGAAAAUUUGAAUAAUGAUCCUCGUGCUUGAAGCAUCUCCUGUGAAAAUGAGCUGAUCGCUAUUGUUUUUGCAAAGGACAGCGUUGAAAAAUGAUAUUUCGUGAUCCAGUUCUUACGAGUAUGCCUAUAUCUCGUUGUUGAGAUUGACGCAGUAUAACAUGUAUAAUAUGUUUAAUGGAAACCAUGCUUAAAUUUAAGUUAGUUUGCCUUGACGUAACAAAUGAUUUUAUUUUCUAUUAGAUCAUCAUUAUCAUGGUGGGCAUGUGAAAAGCUAUCGUCAGUGACGUACAUGUAUGAGAAAAUCCUACUACGUUCAGCUUACUACAAUGGGGGAAACAACAAGGAAAUUACAUCAGCCAUGUCAGCGCAUUUAACAGGAAAACGUUGUUUUGCUCAUUAUUCGAUACUAAAUUCGAAUUCUGCCAUGUUUGGCAAUCGAUGCCAUUUCGAACUCAUGUUAUCGCAUUGUACCAUGCACUAUUACACACAUCUCUAUUGCUCUCCUAUCUUUCUCUCCAUGUCCCGCUUUAACACUUCUUCCAUCACCUACCCCCCCCCCUCUUUCUCUUUCUCUCCGUCUGGCUGCCCCCUCUGUCAUUUCUCAUCAGCUUCCCUUCACACUAUUAUCCUCAUCUUUACCCACUCGCUUCUUGGUCACGCUUAAUCACUUAUGUUGAUUUUUUUCUUUUCAUUUAUUUUCAUCCACCUCUAUAGGGGCAUGGGAGAGAAUCAACCGCCACCGAGCCAGAUGCAUAACGGUCGUCAACGGCUUCGACCGUUCCUCAUCAGCCUCAUCGACAGCGGCAAUGUAAAAGGUCUACAGUGGCUUGACAAAGAGAAAACUCUCUUCAAGAUCCCCUGGAAACACGCUGGAAAACAGGACUAUGACCCUCAGGAGGACUCCAAGAUAUUCAUGCUGUGGUCACGAAACACCGGUAAAUACAAGGAGGGAAUCCACGAGCCGGAGCCGGCGGUCUGGAAGACACGUCUUCGUACGGCCCUCAACAAACUUCCCGAUAUCGAAGAGAUCCAUGAGAAAACCCAGCUCGAUAUACCUGAACCAUACCGGGUAUACAAGCUUCUACCAAAGAAGACUGGUGGAUCCAAUGUGAAUAAUAAGUCACCCCACCCUGGAUGUCAUGAUUAUCCACCCUCGUCAGGUCGAACGCAACGUUCUGCAGGGGGUAACUUUCGUGCCCAUCACUCCACGGGAUCCUACCCCACUGGAAUAGAGUGUCCAGAUAUGCCCCACCCAAGCUACCCUCCGCAUUACCCAUCUAUCUACGACUAUUCUUACCAAAACUCGAUGUGUGAAGUUGGUAUGGGAGCCUAUGGUCUGUCACCGACAAGCGGAAGCCUGUCAGGUUUCGGCUAUUAUCCUCACCACCAGCAGAGCGUCAUGGCGUCCUCAAGCGGCAACCGUCACCACCCAUACCACCCGUCGGGCCACAGAGCCCACCACAACUCGACGGGAUCAUCGGGUAGCUCCGUGGCCGAGCUCAACGAGAUCACAGAGGUAAUCAAUGAAGACCUGAGUACAGGCAACAUGAACGACCACCAGGGACAUCAUUACACCAACAUGGACAACAUGGAUGUCGACAUCCAGGCACAGAUGAAGAUGGACUCCAAUGCAGCAGCAAUGCAUCAGUACGUCCAGAACAACAACAACGACCCUUCACAGACCAACUACCACGACCCCAUCUCUGUUACAUCUUCUGGAAUGACUCCAUUCAGCAAUUCAGCCAGACAAGUACAUCCACAUAGCUACUCGGUGCGUUCUGAUUACGACCAUCAGCAAGCUUCACCACCAACCGCUAUCAACGCCAUUACCAUAGCGUCUAACGUCUUGUCCGGAGAGGGCGAGGGUUUGGAGGCGUGCACGGCGGCAUCAGUAGGCAUGCAAGGACACACAAGGCGACCGAUAAAGGAUGAAGACUCACAUUGUCUACCAAGUGAGCAUGAAAUGAGCAUUCAGAUGUAUUAUCGAUCCACCAACGUCGGACUUCACCAUGUUCAGGCCGAAGGAGGCUGCAUGAUCUACUUUAAAGAGCAUUACGAAGCUGAGGUCCGGCGCAACAUGCAGUUAAUCAGGAUGCCUGAUAUCAAGUCUAUCCCUGAGACAGAGAUCAAGGGCAAGCACCGAGAGUACAUCGGCAAGAUCCUUGAUUGUUGCGAUAGAGGGUUGUCUUUGACAUGCCGUGAUGGUUGCAUCUACGUCAAACGUCAUUGUCGUAGUGUUCUAUUCUGGAGUACAUCAGAAGACGGUACAAGGUGCGAGAAACUGGAGCGCGACGUCGAGACCAAGAUCUUUGACCUCAAUCACUUCCGUCAAAGUCUCCGGCAAUAUUACGAAGGUUCUAUCCCAUCUCCCGUCGUCCCAGAGAUCAACUUCAGUAUCGCGCAGAAGCUCUGUGAUUCCUACGAACUGAAAGCAUGUUUCGUCACUUUCGUGGUGAGGCCAUUGCGAGCGGUAGAAGAACUGCGGACACUCAAUGUCGACGCCAGGUCGCUCCCACAUAGCAGCCACAGCGGGUUGCUCAAGUUCUCAGGACCAGAGAUGCACAAUGAUGUCUUUGCCAACACCAGUGUGUCUCCUCUUCUUGCUGCUGGCCUGGGACCUUGGGGCGACAUGAGCCCCUACGCUGCGUCGUGCCCCAUGAUCCCCCAGCCAUCAAUCACGCAAAUCCACCCACAUUGAGACAGCGAAGACGAUGAAAGACUGGGCGAGAAGCAUUUUCGAUUGCAUAUCAUGUAUUUUAAUAUGUAAUCAUCGCUUGUUGUAAAGACCAUGACAGUUAACAAAUUUCCUGGAGUUUCUAUGACCUUGAAUGAAAUUGUGACACGUCUUGGUUGAAGUUGCGAUACGUAAGAAGCUCGUAUGAAACCAUUGUUCUGAGCCAUCCUUUUCAUUCCCUUUUCAUGAUGUUGUUCUGCAUCUCUCAUUAAAGAGAUCAACUUGUUUUUGACAUUACAUAAAGCGUUGAAUGAAUUUCGCCUUUUACAAUUUGAAAUGAUGGGCAAUGCUCAUUCAAGGUUAGAAAUCUGAACCAAAGUGAUGUGACUUGCCUUGACAUGUCUUGACAUUGUUGAUUGAAGAAAAAAAAAAAAACAUAAUUUACUUUUACAUAAUAAUAUAUCAUGCACAUAUUGAUUGCUAUUUGUUGUCAAAAACCUCUAGAUUUACUCACAUUUAGCACGCCAGUCUUAGAGACCACAAUGACAAUUACCUUGAUUAAUGCCACAACGAAACCGACGAAAUAAGACUCCGGACCGAUCAAAGCUUUGAUGAUAUUUCGAGUGGCACAUCACCGGUGGGAUUGAGGUCCCUUUUGUUAAUGUGAUUGAAGCACGUACAAUGCAGGACUUCUGGAUUCUGUAAUAGCAUAUCUAUGUGCCGUACUGUACGGCGACAAGCGUAACAUAUCAAUUAAGAUCAUUUGAAAGAUCUGUUAGAGCGUCUGUGUUCUUUGAUUUAGAGUUGUAAUUGGCCUCUUUACUUGCUGUCCAAAUUCAUUAUUUUCCUUCCGAGUUACUCCGCUAACCUGUCAGUAAGAAAAAAAGAAUGAUAAUUACAAAUCCAGUUCCAAAACUACUUGUUACCGUGGUUCUAUAUCUGGAAAGCCUGCGGCAAGCUUACUCUUGCAAAGAACAAAGUUUGCUUAUAAAAGUAUGAACAACAUUUGAAUAGUCUUUUUUGAUUUGUCUUGCAAGGUAGCCCAACUUAAUUGAAUGUGCUUGAAUAUCUUACGCUUAUUAUUUUUUCGAUGUUCCACGUAGAUCUAUAUGAUCACUUCCCAAAAUGCAUGUUAUAUAUUCUGCACUGCAAAAACUCUGGUGUUGAUUUAACACCAGCCCGGAAUCUAUAUAUGUCCACACCAGAUAAGUGUUAAACAACACCAGUUUCGUUUUGGUCUAACACCAGAUAGGUGUUUAUACAACACCAAUUAGUAUUAAAACAGCAUCGGUUUAAUUCCAAACUGGUGUUGUUUGAAUACUUCUCUGAUGAGGACUUAUAUAGAUUCCGGGCUGGUGUUAAAUCAACACCGGAGCUUUUGCAGUGCGGUUCUUUUCUUAGCUGUAUAUAUUAUACAAGUCUUUUCAGCAUUUGGCUUGUAAAUUAUGUAAUUUAUUUUAUAUAAAUGUUUGUAUAUAGUUCAUUCUUUACUGGUCUUUAUUUAUUAGGGUAAUGCAAAAAAAAAUCUUCGUCUUAACUAGUUGACCUAUCUUCCAAUCGCAUAUAUUUCCAUUAUUUUCAUAGACAGCUGAUAUGAAAAUCUGAUCAAUACAUCUAGUACGUGCCUUAAUCUGAGCAAAUUUUACGUCGCCAACUCAUGAUUAUAAAUGAUGUAAUUCACACUUUGUAAAUAAAUACUGUACAUAUUUCAUUCCACUGAUUUAUUUUUCUAUUAUGUUUUCGAUAGAUUAAAAUCAUUCCCAUGGUCAGCGAUCCCGCGGGGAUUCCGCGGAGGUUUUAUAUUCCAUACACCAAUCAGGGGAAGAGAGUCGUUCCUUCCCCAUCGUAACACAAUAAUAUCUCAAGAAACCAGCAGCCUUCUCAUACAGAUCAAAGUUUUAAAAAUCCAUGAUUUGUUUGUUGUUAUUUUAAUCGUUUUCAUGUGUGAAAAUGGAAUUAUCUCUUAUUGUAUGCUAAAUUGUGAAAAAAAAAUUGGAACUAUUGUAAAUAGUAAGCAAAAUUAAUGUUGAUUUCACAAGAAGAAUAUUCGUGUAUUCCCCAAGGGACAUGUUCAAUUGUGAAAGCACUCCAAAUUAAAGCUCAAACUUUGUCAGCAUUCUAUUAUAUUUUUUACUUGCAUGCACCAACGCAUACACUGCUGUUUCUUGCUAGAUUGACUUUAAUACGAAAGGGAAAAUUAAAUGCAUUACACGCAUCAGCUCCAUGAUCUUGCCAAGAAACUUGUAACUAGAUGGCAUUAAUUCGUUAUUUCACGGAAAAUGCCAAAAAGAUGCAUUUUACAUUCUUCUCUAGAUUGUAUAUAUUGCUAAAAAGUGAAUCUUUGUAAAGACGAUUAUAAACUGUAAGCUUAAUGUGUUGUGAAAGAUGAAAUGCUUAAAACUUGCCUGUCUUUGAUAUUAAAUGUAAUUUCUUUCUUAUACUUAUUGCUAAUCAACUUUGAGCAGAAAACAUCUUCGCCAUAUCCCAAUUUGAAAGUGUUCGUUUAGAAAGCACGACAUUUUAUUAUUCUGCGGGCAUAUCAUCGCUGGGGCGGGCUCUCACGAUGUUUGUCUUGUAAAUUGUUCAGUGAAGAAAAUAGUGUAGGAAUACCUUUUUUGUGCCCAAAUUUAGUCUUUCGAUUAUAAUUUCGAACACUUUGUUAUGUUCAAUGUUUUGUUGGUGCUAUGUGAUCUAGACACGAUACGAAGUUGAACAGUAACUCUCGUUAUCUUGUGUUCAUGUCAGUGGUAGUCAGAAUGUUUAUGUGUUCUUGAGUUUUGUUUGAAGAUAACACAUUAAAAACCAAUGAAAAGCA